GGGCACCUCGGCCAGCAGCGUGGUGCCCUCGGUUCCCCAGCAUGGCCCCCUCGGCCUGGGCCAUCUGCUGCCUCCUGGGGGGCCUCCUGCUUCACGGGGGCAGCCCCACCCCUGGCCCCAGCGUGCCCCGCCUGCGGCUCUCCUACCGAGAUCUCCUGUCUGCCAACCGUUCAGCUGUCUUUCUGGGUCCCCGGGGCUCCCUGGACCUUCGGGCCAUGUACCUGGAUGAGUACCGGGACCGCCUUUUUCUGGGGGGCCGUGAUGCCAUCUACUCUCUGCGGCUAGACCAGUCGUGGCCGGAUCCCCGGGAGGUCCAGUGGCCACCGCAGCCAGGACAGAAGGAGGAGUGUGUUCGCAAGGGAAGAGAUCCUUUGGUGGAGUGUGCCAACUUCAUACGGGUGCUGCGGCCCCACAACCGGACCCACCUGCUGGCGUGCGGCACUGGGGCCUUUCAGCCCACCUGUGCCCUCAUCACGGUCGGGCACCGUGGGGAGCAUGUGCUCCACCUUGAGCCCAGCAGUGUGGAAAGUGGGCGGGGGCGGUGCCCGCAUGAGCCCAGCAGUCCCUUCGCCAGCACCUCUGUAGGUGGGGAGCUGUACACGGGCCUCACGGCUGACUUCCUGGGGCGCGAGGCCAUGAUCUUCCGGAGUGGGGGUCCCCGGCCAGCUUUGCGUUCUGACUCUGACCAGAACCUCCUACACGACCCGCGGUUUGUGACGGCCGCCCGCAUCGCUGACAACUCUGACCAGGAUGACGACAAGGUGUACUUCUUCUUCUCGGAAACUGUGCCCUCACCCGAUGGUGGCCCAGGCCGUGUCACCGUCAGCCGCGUCGGCCGUGUCUGCGUGAAUGACCUUGGUGGCCAGCGCGUGCUGGUGAGCAAAUGGAGCACUUUCCUCAAGGCCAGGCUGGUGUGCUUGGUGCCUGGCCCUGGUGGUGCCGAGACCCACUUUGACCAGCUGGAGGACGUGUUCCUGCUGUGGCCCAGCUCAGGGAAGACCCUUGAGGUGUAUGCUCUGUUUAGCACGGUCAGUGCCGUGUUCCAGGGAUUUGCCGUCUGCGUGUACCACAUGGAGGAUAUCUGGGAGGUCUUCAAGGGGCCCUUUGCCCACCAAGAUGGUCCCCAGCACCAGUGGGGACCCUAUGGGGGCAAGGUGCCCUUCCCUCGGCCUGGAGUGUGCCCCAGCAAGAUGACAGCACAGCCAGGACGACCCUUUGGCAGCACCAAGAACUAUCCAGAUGAGGUGCUGCAAUUUGCCCGAGCCCACCCACUUAUGUUCUGGCCCGUGCGGCCACGGCGGGGCCGCCCCGUGCUUGUCAAAACGCAUCUGGCCCAGCAGUUGCACCAGAUCGUGGUGGACCGUGUGGAGGCGGAGGACGGGACCUACGACGUCAUCUUCCUGGGGACUGACUCGGGCUCCGUGCUCAAGGUCAUUGCUCUCCAGGGUGGGGGCUCCACUGAGUCUGAGGAGGUGGUGUUGGAGGAGCUCCAGGUGUUUAAGGUGCCAACACCCAUCACCGAGAUGGAGAUCUCUGUCAAAAGGCAAACGCUGUACGUGGGCUCGAGGCUAGGCGUGGCCCGGCUGCGGCUGCACCAAUGUGAAACUUACGGCAGUGCCUGUGCUGAGUGCUGCCUGGCCCGAGACCCAUACUGUGCCUGGGACGGUGCCUCCUGCACCCGCUACAGGCCCGGCCCUAGCAAGCGCCGGUUCCGCAGGCAGGACAUCCGGCACGGCAAUCCUGCCCUGCAGUGUCUGGCUGAGAGCCAGGAAGAGGAGGCUGCAGGCUCCGCAGCAGCCAUCACGGUCUACGGCACGGAGCACAACAGCACCUUCCUGGAGUGCCUGCCCAAGUCUUCCCAGGCGGCCGUGCACUGGUUCGUGCAGAGGCCAGGGGGCCAGGGGCCUGACCAGGUCAAGACAGAUGAGCGAGUCCUGCAGACAAAGCAGGGGCUGCUAUUCCGCAGACUCAGCCACCUGGACGCCGGCAUCUACACCUGCAAGACACUGGAGCAUGGCUUCUCCCAGACCGUGGUCCGCCUGGCUCUGGAGGUGAUCGCGGCCUCACAGCUCCACAGCCUGUUUCCCCGGGAGCCGAGGCCCGAGGAGCCCCCAGCGCGGGGAGGCCUGGCCUCUGCCCCCUCCAAGGCCUGGUAUAAGGACAUCCUGCAGCUCAUCGGCUUCGCCAACCUGCCGCGGGUGGACGAGUACUGCGAGCGUGUGUGGUGCUCCUCCAGGAGCCGGGGCAAACAGGCCAAGGGCAAGAGCUGGCCAGGGCCGGAGCUGGGCAAGAAGGUGAAGAGCCGGGUGCAGGCCGAGCGUAAUCGGACGCCCCGGGAGGUGGAGGCCGCAUAGAAGAGCAUAGAGCAGAGGGUGGUCGGGAGGGACCGGGUGGCCCAGCAGCCCCCAGAGUCUCCCACCCACCCAGCGAGGGCCGAGGGGGGCCCGCAUGCCCAACUGCCUCUUAGAGAUAGAGGAGUCUCUGCCUCCCGAAAUUCUACCAGGCUGCCCCCAGGAAAGUCUGGGGCCCGAUGGAGCGCCCCGUGUCCGAAGCCUGUUCCCCGCCCCUCUGUGCUCCCAGUCCUAGCUGGAGCCAGCCUCCCUCUGACUGCUGCCAACCCCAGUGGGCCUGCUGUUUGUUCUCAGAUAUGGCCCCCAGAGCACAUUUCCGGUAGUGCCCGGUGGUGAGAGGGCUGGGUGGGUCUUUCCCAGCAGGCAGAACAAUGGCCAUUCUGAGUGACCCUUGGAGUGGUUGUGUGGGUGUGUCCGAGGAGGUGCCUGGGUGGGGGGCCCUUAGGCAGCGGGAGGAAGAUGGAAGUUGCCUCCCAGGUAGCACCCGUUAAGGGGACUUAUGACCUGGUGAAACGGUGAGACCCUCCCCCCACUUUGUGCCCUGAUAUCCUGGUGGCUCCCUGCCGCUGUCCACCACUUCUUCUCCCUCACAGAAUCCUAGAAGCAUGGACAGCCAGAGCUCCCUGGCACCCGGGGGGUGGUCUGGGCCUCAGGCCCUACUUCAUAAUCCCAGCAGUGUCUCACAGCAUGAUUUGCCUUCCCCAGACCCCACGCUGCCAGGCCAGGUUCCCUGCAAUGCCCAGAGCUCCUGACAGGAUUCUCCCUUCCCACCAUCAGGGUCUCCGGACUGAUGAGCAGGGAGAGGGUGGGUUGUGGAGGAAGGUCAUCCCCCGUUCUGUGGACUAGAGCUGGGGAAGUGUGGGGCAGGAGGAGGGGGCUGUCUCUCACGGGGCAGUGCAAGCAUGCCCAUAGCUGGGGAGGGCGGGAACCUGCUGCUGGGUGGGAGGACCAGGUGCGGGGCUUUGUCACAGAGGGUUGGGAGGCCUCUGGGAUGGGGAAAGGGUGAGAGACGCUAGGAUGGGCUAGGGGACCCCAGAGCAGGCAUUCUCAAGAACCCAAGAUGGUGUCAGUUAGCUCAGGAGCCACAGGAAAACCAGGUGUCUCCCACCCUGGAAUCUUUGGUUUCUACUAAGCAGGGUUGGUGGUGAAUGGUUUCAUUUAUGAAGACUUUUCUCUUUCAAGGGGAAAAAAAAAACAGAGGGCAAAAGCCUGCUAAGUCCUGCUGGU